AUUUAUUGUGAGCCGAAUAAAAAUUCCAUCAUUUCAUCGAUUUUUUCUGCGCUUAAGACACAAAAAGAAAUUAUAAUAAAUAUUUGAUUGCGAAGUAAUUGUGAGGAAAAUGGAUUUGCGAACCAAUUCCCGGACGACAGGUAUAGAGAAGAUGGAGAAACUGGAGACCGAGAAAAUCAAAUUCAAUAUCGACGGUCUCAUUGGAUCGCAUACUAACUCAGGCAGUACUCGUGACCCAACGCCGACAACCACUACAUCACCUCUUCAUCUGCAUCCACACCAUCACCACAACAGCACCAAUGGUACGCCUCCACAGCCACUGUCUGUGUCUCAGGUCACUCAUCCACUGUCGCAUCCAGUCAUAGGUCCGGCCGCUCUGUCACAUAUGGCCGGUCCCUUCUCUCCCUUUCAAACGGCAGCUGUCAGUAAAUUAUUGGGUCGUUAUUACGAGGCGUCUUCAGGAGCGUCCGCGGCCGCCCUCUUUCGGUCUCCCAAUCACUCGACGGUCAUCGGGGGCUCCAAACCAAAGGUCGCGACACCCGUUGUGGUCAAUAAGAUUGAACAGUACAAGAGGGAGAACCCAACCAUCUUCGCCUGGGAAAUACGGGAACGGCUUAUCAGCGAAGGUGUCUGUACCAACGGAACGGCACCCUCUGUCUCAUCAAUCAAUCGGAUCCUUAGGAACAGAGCCGCCGAACGCGCGGCCGCAGAGUUCGCCAGAAAUUAUCAGUUGGCGGCCGCAGCCACUGCCGCCUCCGUUCACUACCCACUGGCCCCUCACCCGCACCACCAUUCAGCACAUCCUUCUCACCCAUAUGCGGGAGGCAAUUCAGGUCACGCCCACCAAAUGUACGCCGCCUGGGCUGCAGCCGCGACGGCUGCUGCACUGGCCUCUCACCAGCACACACACGGCCAGUCCGGUCACCACUUCUGGCCGCCAUCCCCCCUAACUCACGCCGCGCUCCUCCAACAACAGCACAAUAAUAGGGAUGAGUUGGAGAACAACAGUCCAAGAGACCUGGAUAGAGAUGUGGAUAAGGAUGACAUUAAGCACAAUAGCAAUAGCAGUAAUCAUAGCAACUCUUCCUCACCAAACCACAGCAACACAUCAGCCGUUCUCUCACAACAACAGUUAGCAUUCGAUCCGCACCUGACAUUCGACCCGAACUCGAGUUCCGCCAAAUUUCGCCGAAACAGAACCACUUUCUCUCACAAUCAGCUCGAAGUACUCGAAGAGGAGUUCGAGAGAACACACUAUCCCUGUGUCACUACCAGAGAAAGACUCGCACAGAUCACCAGCUUGUCUGAGGCCAGAGUUCAGCUCGAAGUACUCGAAGAGGAGUUCGAGAGAACACACUAUCCCUGUGUCACUACCAGAGAAAGACUCGCACAGAUCACCAGCUUGUCUGAGGCCAGAGUUCAG